AGGGGUACGCUAUUUCAUUUACCUGAUAAACCCCAGAGUCCCCGUUUCGUAAACCCCUCUUCGCAGUCGAAAACCUCCGCAGCUCGAAUCGGAAAUUCCCGAAAACCCUAGAACAAGCUGACGAUCUCCAUUUACGCAUGGGAGAUCCUAAAGCGACGUCGUUGCUUUCGCUGGCUCCCGGUUGCGGAUUCUACCCCUCGGAUGAGCAGCUCCUCUGCGACUACCUCUCCAGCAAGAACGCCUCCGAGGCGGGGAAAUCGGGCGGCUACGAUUUGAUCAGAGAGCUCGAUUUGUACGAACACGAUCCCUUCGAGCUGCCGGAGAGCGCUUGCUAUUCUUACGGCCACGGAGGGAGGAAGCGGCACUGGUUCUGCUACACGGUUAGGGUUUUGAAGGAGAGGAGGGCGAAGAGCGGGUAUUGGCGGAGGAAAGGGAGGGUUAGGGACGUGUUGGGUGGUGGAGGGAAGGUUGUUCUGGGGAGGAGGUCGAGCUUUGUGUUUUAUUUGGGGAAUUCGCCAAACGACGCCGUAAGGACUGAUUGGGUUCUCUAUCAGUAUGCUCAGGUCGAUCAUGUUAAGGCUGCUUUUGUCCUGUGCCGUAUAGUCAGAUCUGGUAGUGGAAAUAGAAUUUCAGAUCAUGGUUUAAGUUCUUGUGCUGAAGAAAGCGCUUGCACUGUUCGUCACAUUGGAAUUCAGCAUGAUGGAUUUCAUGCUCCCACUAUCAGUGAAAAUGAAAAGCAUGGUGACACUUCUGUGCCUAGGAAGAACGAGAUGUCAAAAUAUCCAUUGAGGCUGGACCGAGAGCUUGAUGAUCGAGUCAUGACAGGGCCUGUUUCUAUAUCAAGAAUUCAGCCUAAUGAACAGGUGCCAGAAUCUGUGCUUGGUGGUAGUAAUCCAAUAUUGCUUGAUAAUUUGGCAGCCAAGCACGUCCUUUGCAUUAUGGAGGGAGAUUUUAUAGAGUUGGAUGAUCUCAUUGAUUGAGCAUCCUGGAUCGUUCUUAUUAGAGGGGGUCUUGAAGACUGGAUCUCAAAGAGGUGGAAUCGACCUAAUUUUCAGGCUAAAUUACUGAGGUGCUAAAUUUUCACUUGAGACAACUGUUCAUACACUGUUUAAAUGCACGACAGAUGAUGAGAAGGGUUUAAGUACUGAAAACCCUUUAAGAAACAUUAACGGAUCUAGUAUACUGUUGAUUAUGAAGUGGAGAGAGAUGAAUGGCGGGCACCAACCCCUGUAAAGAUUUGCUUUGUGCCUAAAAAUUGGCAAGGGCUUCACCGGAACAAGAAAGACUAAUAUGUAUGAUGAUGGUAAAUCCGAUAACGAAUCUUUUACUAUCAGCUGCUUCAGUGGGUUUAAAUCCUGCUGUCUUGUAUUUACAUUCGGAUACUUUGAACUUGCGGAAAGGCUAGGUCUUUCCGUUGUCUUGCGCCUUCCCUUAGCAAGGCGAGAUACGCUCUCUGAUUCUGUUUUUCCUUUAUCUCUCUCUCUCAUUCCUGGGAUUUUAAGAUAUUCCGACAUUAAUGAUGGCAUUCAUUUGAUAAUUUGCUAUGCAGAAAUUAAGCUCGUUUAUAUAA